ACGCUCAGUUCGAAGCUGAGAUUUGUUGAGUACGGUUCGAAGCAGUGUAAGCGUUCUACGGCGGAAAUUGAAGAGCGCAACGAGUGCACAAUAAUAAAUAAUUUUAUCAGCGGCUUAAAUGAACUUUCAUUCUACCUUUUUUUUGUUUGUUUUGAUUUAGUUUCUUGGAUUUUGUGAUUUCCAGUUGUGACAACUGCUAAUCUUUUUUAUUGGCAUUCUAAGCUUGGCCUAUCGCGUUAUUUGUGCCCGCGUGUGUGUGUCGGUUAAAAACAUAGAUAUUCUUCGCCUGCCUCGUAGCGUUCUUAAAGGCUUAAAAUGCAUUGCACUGCAAGUGGCAGGCCAUUAUACGAUGGUGCCCUUAGGCUUUUUAUAGUUUUGUUGAUAUGCGCGGUGAAUUACAAGCUGAUUGAGUCGCACCCACUGAAUGACGGGCAAGCAACAAAAACGUCUGAAAAGAAGUGCGGCUAUGAGAGUUGCCACAAAACUAAACCCAACAUGCUCAAUGUCCAUCUAAUUCCGCACACACACGAUGAUGUUGGUUGGCUCAAAACUGUGGAUCAAUACUAUUAUGGCAGCAAAACACUCAUACAAAAAGCCGGUGUCCAAUACAUCUUAGACUCGGUGGUGCAAGAGUUGCUAAAGGAUCCCGAGAAGCGCUUCAUUUAUGUCGAAUCGGCAUUCUUUUUCAAAUGGUGGCGCGAACAGGAUGCCGAAUUGCAAGAGCAAGUGAAAAAGUUGGUAAACGAAGGACGACUGGAGUUCAUUGGUGGCGCUUGGAGUAUGAAUGAUGAGGCGACAGCGCAUUAUCAGAGCAUUGUCGAUCAGUUUACAUGGGGUUUAAGACGCCUGAAUGAUACCUUUGGCGAAUGUGGGCGCCCGCGAAUUGGCUGGCAGAUCGAUCCCUUCGGUCAUUCACGCGAAAUGGCUUCCAUGUUUGCGCAAAUGGGCUUCGAUGGACUCUUUUUCGGACGCUUAGACUAUCAGGAUAAGAUGGAGCGUUUAACAACUAAAACAGCGGAAAUGAUUUGGCGUGCCUCGGCGAAUUUAGAUGAAUCCUCCCAUCUUUUCACUGGCGCUCUCUACAAUCAAUACCAGCCACCGCCUGGUUUUUGUUUCGAUAUACUCUGCGCUGAUGAGCCAAUAAUCGAUGCCAAGCAUAGUCCCGAUAAUAAUGUUAAUCGUAGAGUCGAUGAAUUCAUCGAAAUUUCUCGAAACAUGUCCAAAGGAUAUCGCACUAAUCAUAUACAAGUUACGAUGGGUGAAGAUUUUCACUAUCAAAAUGCGAUUAGCUGGUUCAAAAACUUGGAUAAGUUAAUCAAGUACACUAACGCACGCCAGGAAAACGGUUCCACUGUAAACCUUCUCUACUCCACACCCUCCUGCUAUCUAAAGUCUCUACACGAUGCAGGCAUCAGUUGGCCCACCAAGGAUGAUGACUUCUUUCCAUACGCUUCCGAUCCACAUGCCUACUGGACUGGUUACUUCACUUCACGUCCCACACUAAAGCGUUACGAACGCAUUGGCAAUCAUUUUCUGCAGAUUUGCAAACAACUCACCGUAAUGGCGCCAAAAGUCGCCGGCGAAUUCAAUCCACAUCUCUCGUUCUUCCGUGAAGCCAUGGGUGUGAUGCAGCACCACGACGCCGUCACCGGCACCGAAAAGCAGGCUGUAGCCGCCGAUUAUGCACGUCAUUUGGAAGUUGCCAUACGCGCAUGCUCCAUGAAUACCAGAGCGAUACUCAAUCAGCUGACCGUAGACACCGCAGCAACGCACGCGGCGGAAAGUGCUACUGAAUCUGCCCGCGAAAGUGCACGCAAACCCAGAUGGGCGACCAGCGAUACUAAGAAGCAAUACAAGUUACAAUUCGAAACUUGUACGCUGCUUAACAUCAGUUCAUGCGCGGUGCCAGAGCUGGCCGACAAAUUUAUUUUGACGAUAUACAAUCCGUUGGCGCAGACGGUCUCCGACUACGUGCGCGUACCGGUGCCCGAUGUGAAUUAUCGUGUUAAGGAUUUCGAUGAUGUGACGAUAGAGACGCAAUUCCUGCCAGUGCCUACGCCUGUGCAAGAUCUUCGUUUCCGCAAGGCGAGCGCGCCGUAUGAGCUCAUCUUUCCUGCACGUGAGCUACCGCCACUUGGCUAUAAAUCGUACUAUAUAACGAAGACAGAUGAAAACCACAUGAUACCCGUGCCAGAUCCGGAAAAUGUGUCGAGUUUCACAAGCAUCGGAAAUGAGCACAUACGUCUCACAUUUGACACUAACGGCUUUCUUGUCACCGUCAUGGUCGACGGCAUGACGCGUAUCGUCAACCAAGAAUUCGUUUACUAUGAAGCUGCUAUCGGCAACAACCGCGAAUUCCGCAACCGCUCAUCAGGCGCCUACAUUUUCCGUCCCGCCAACGAUCAAGUCCGUUCAAUUUCACUGCAACCCAAAUUGAAAAUCUACCGUGGCAAUCUGGUCGAGGAAGUUCACCAAUCUUUCAACGACUGGGUCAGUCAAGUAGUGCGCGUCUAUCGCGAGCAGCCCUAUGCCGAGUUAGAAUGGCUUGUAGGUCCUAUACCAGUGGAUGAUGGCAACGGCAAGGAGAUCAUCAGCCGCUUCAAUUCAGACAUUAAUUCCGGCGAUAUAUUCUACACCGAUUCUAAUGGGCGUGAAAUGCUCAAGCGCAAGCGUGACCAUCGCGAUACUUGGAAGGUGAAAUUGUUGGAACGCGUCGCUGGCAACUAUUACCCAAUCACAACUAAAAUCGCGCUGGAAGAUGACACUGCGCGCAUGGCUAUACUGACAGACCGCGCACAAGGCGGCAGCUCGAUGGGUGCUGGUUCAUUGGAGUUGAUGGUGCAUCGGCGUUUGUUGCACGAUGAUGCUUUUGGUGUGGACGAGGCACUUAACGAAACCGCCUACGGUGAGGGCUUGGUGGCGCGUGGCACACACUAUUUAAUAGUGGGUUCAUCGAACAAAAAAGUGAGUCCUACAACGCAGGCAAUUGAGCGUACAACGCAAUUGCGGAAAUUGCUGCCCGCUUGGACUUUCUUCAGCAAUGCAGAAAAUAUAACCUACGAGGAUUGGCGUGAGAACUUUACCAAUAUUUUCACCGGCUUGCAGUUGGAACUACCCAAAAACAUACACCUCAUGAGCUUCGAGCCGUGGCAUGAGAAUGAAGUGCUCGUACGCUUUGAGCACAUACUCGAGAAAGAUGAAGAUCCCGAGCUCUCCAAGUCCGUGCAAAUCAACAUACAAAGCGUUUUGUCGAGCGUAAAAAUCGCUGACAUACGCGAAACCACACUGGCGGCCAAUGCUUGGCUCGGUGAUAAUCAACGCAUGGAAUUUGUGCCAGAUAGUCCUGAGGUAUCCUACAACGCUUAUGGCAUUUACCAAAGGUCGAUUGAUGAACAACUUAUGCUGCGCGUUGACAAGCCGCUCUUGGACGCCAAAUUCUACAAUCAGCUGGAAAGUUGGGAGGAACAAGAGCAAUUGGCGUUACAAACGAAUCGUUUGAAACGCUUAGUCGACGAAUCGCAAGAGCUGAAUCGUGUGCGUGCAGAAAAGUUACGUGUGCACAAAGUGGCACGGCAGCCAGUGGCGGAAAAAUAUGUCGAGGGUGAUGAUCGCUUCCUUAUCGAAUUGAGUCCAAUGCAAAUGCGCACCUACAUACUCACGCUGGAGAUAGCCAACUAAAGAAGCAACAACAAGUGUAGUUUAAGAAGUCAAGAUUUUAAACUUUAUCUGCUUAGUUUUAAACCGAAAUAUCGAACAAUAAAUAUAGAAGCAUAAUUUUUAGAAUGCUGAAAUCGACAAAGUA